GCUGCACUUCGGCGGCAUCAGACGGCGGCGCGCAACAGAAGCGGACGCUGCGCACAAAGCAAUGAUGAAGCCGUGCUCGGGGCUGAUGCGGUUCCGCUGGGCGCUCUUCGCCAGCGCGUGUCUGCGGAUGGUGAGCGCGGACUGUGGCUCUGAUUGCGCCUACUGCUCUGUGCACCUGCGCCUGCAACAAACACACGCCAACUCUGUAGAAUGCGUGUUGCAAUGUGAAGGUCAUCUUUCCACUGGUGGCUCUUGGGCUACAUGUCAAGAUUUCCUGCAGACAACUGAAAGCACUCCUGAAGCAGGCCAAGCAUCCAUAGAAACCUAUAGCCUACCCCAACAACACCAUGAGGAGAAAAAAUAUGGCGGCUUCAUGAAGCGAUACGGUGGUUUCAUGAAGCGUUAUGGAGGCUUCAUGAAACGGUACGGGGGCUUCAUGAAAAAAGCGGCAGAGGUUUAUGGGCCGCAGCCAGAUGACAUAGACCAAGGCAGAGAAAUCCUGUCUAAGAGCGACAUGGAAAUGCUGGCCAAUCUGGUUGAUGAUGAUGCAGAGAGGGAAGGGCCUGCAACGAAGGACAUCCUUAAUGCAAAGGGAGAGGUUGAUGAGUUAGAGGGCAUGGUAAAGCGCUAUGGUGGCUUCAUGAGAAGGGGUUAUGACUCCGGGGGUGGGGCAAAGCCGCUACAGAAACGCUAUGGUGGGUUUAUGCGGCGGGUGGGCAGGCCAAAUUGGGGGGAGGAGCCUAGAUUUUAUAGAGGUGUCUUUAAACGUUCGGCACAGGAGGAGGAAGAGCAAGAGAAGUCAUCAAAUAUGGUCAAGAAAUAUGGGGGUUUCCUGGAAUACUGAUGUCCUUGCAGAUUGUGGUUAGCUGUUGAUAUUUAUGUUCUAUCACACUUCAUCUGUUAACUGUUAAAGGUUCUUUGUAAUCACGGCAGACAAAAUUACAUGCUUAUAAUACACUUGUGCUGACACCAUUUGAAUAAUUUGCUUGUAAUAUCUUUGCAGUGCUAAACAUUUUCAGAAUUUGAAAUAAAAACACUUUCAAAAGUAUAUAGUGGAUACUGGAAUUCAUGUUUCAUAGAUGCAAGCCUGUGUGGCAGAUUCAGACAACAGAUCAAAGUUUGAUCACUUACGCUGGUCUGGCCUACCUUCAUUUGUUCCUUUUCCCCAUUUCCUUGGCAGCAUUACAGAUAAAGUUCUCUACACCAAAUUUACUUAGAGAUUGAUCCAGGAAUAUGUCUCUAAUUUACCAGCGCAACAGACUUAGUGGUGUAAAAGUCUUUUUUUAAAGAGGGAUUUCCCCACACAGCCGUGUUUCUCAUAGUGGGUUGUUCUGUUGACUGUUUAAAUUUGUUAUAUGCUGUGCAGCUUGAAUAAACUGCUCGAAACUGCAAAACAAUGCCUCUGUGUUUCAAAAUGCCUC